CGCAACUGUCUGUUUCCUAUUUUUCCCUUCCUUCCCAUUCACUUCCUCAUUUUAUCCGUUAAUUUAUUAACCUAUAAUUUUUUUAAAAAUGUUCAAAAUACUUUUUUCUUUAAAAAUCUGAAUGAUGCAAAGUUUCAAUAUUAACUAAUGAUUCAUAAUGUGUCCAGAGUCUGUGAAUGGAAAAUAAUGAUUUGAAAAAAUGGUCGUUGAGUAUGAACGAUAUUUUAAAAAAAAUUCCAUCAAACAUUGCUCGAGCAAUAAACGAAGAGAAUCAAGUAUAUUUACAACAGCUAGUUAAACGGAGUGUACGAGAUCUGCAGCAAAUUGCUAGGUUAGAUGUAAACGAAGCCAAUCAACUGUUAUUGUAUAUUUCUAAAAUAGUAUUGGCGAAAAGUAUAAUUCCUGUUUCAGAAGUAAAAGCUUCAGGCACAAUUACAACUGGAUGUAGUUCAAUUGAUACUGUUCUGAAAGGUGGCAUUUCAUUGAAUGGGAUCACUGAAAUUUAUGGAGAAAGUGGCGUAGGAAAAAGCCAAAUAUGUUUACAAUUGUGCCUCACAGUACAAACUAUUAUAAACUCAGAUAUACAACAAAAAGGUGCAGUUUAUAUUUGUACAGAAGACGUUUUUCCAUCCCAGCGUUUACAUCAGCUAGCAAAAUUACUACCCUUACGGAUAACUAAUUUUGGAACACAGUUGAAACUUGAAGAUAAUGUGUUUAUUGCCCAUGUAGCUGACUUUAAACAAUUAAACAUCUGUUUGGAUGCUAAAUUACCCAGAUUAUUAAAAAAUAGAGCUAUUGGUUUAAUAAUUAUUGAUUCAAUAGCAGGUGCAUUUCGAAGUGAAAAUGAAAAUAUUAAUUAUUCUGAACGAAGCCUGGAAUUUUUAACUGUGGCAUCAAAAUUAAACAAACUUGGACAAAAAUAUGAGGCUGCAAUAGUUUGCAUUAAUCAGGUAACUGAUAAUAUAACUACAGGAAAAUCUGAAGCUUGUCUUGGGUUAGCUUGGAAAAACUUGGUUUCUCAUCGACUGUAUGUUUGUAAGCUUCACAAUCAGAUAAGAAAAAUGGAAGUUAUUUUUUCUCCUUAUCUUAAAGGUAAUGAAUGCCAUUUUACUGUUAAAGACACUGGAGUUGUUAAUGCUUGAGUAUUUCUUUAUUUACUUAUAUUUAAUAUAAUUUUGUCACCUCUA